AUGGCUUCCUCGUUGGACGGUGUGAAGCGCAUCAUUCUCGUAGUGAGCGGAAAGGGCGGUGUGGGGAAGUCGACGGUGGCCUGCCAACUCGCACUUGCGCUUACGCAUGUGCACGGCAAACAGGUUGGUCUGCUGGACGUCGAUAUCUGCGGCCCAAGUGUGCCGACGAUCUGUGGCGUGGCGGGCCGCGACGUCUACCGCGGCGAGAAGGGCUGGGAGCCAAUUUCUCUCGUCGAGGACCCUACGGCACGGCGCGAGCGGGAUUUGAAAAUCAUGUCCAUUGCCUUUCUGUUGCCGAGCGACAAGGACGCUGUGGUGUGGCGUGGCCCAAAGAAGGAUGCGAUGAUCCGGCAGUUCGUGAUGGAUGUCAAUUGGGGCUCACUUGACUACCUCAUCAUCGACACGCCGCCGGGCACUAGCGACGAGCAUCUCACACUCUGUGAGGUUCUCCAGCCGCUGAGUCCCUCUGGCGCCGUCGUUGUGACGACACCGCAGGAUGUCGCAACAGAUGAUGUUAAGAAAGAGCUCUCCUUCUGCCAUAAGAUGGGUCUACGCUGUCUGGGCAUCGUGGAAAACAUGUCGGGCUUUGUCUGUCCGCACUGCGCGCACUGCACUGACAUCUUCUCCAGUGGUGGGGGCAGGAGGCUUGCGGACAUGUACGAGGUGACCUUUCUCGGCGCUAUCCCCAUUGACCCAAUGCUUUCCAUUGCGGAGGACAAGGGCCAGUCCUUCCUCGCUGCUGAGAACGGCGACGAAAACGAGACGGUUGCGGCGGUCACACAUGUCAUUGAUGCCAUUGUGAAACAGGUGGAAAGGGCGGCGCUCCAGGAAUAG